AUGGACGCCGAACUGAAAGCCUUCAACGCCCUGCUAUCCGCGGACCGCAAGUCCAACGACGAGCUGACGGAGCUGCAGCGCGUCGCCAUCACCGCCUUCGUGCUCGCGGGCCGCAGCUACCGCGAGGCCGCGCGCGCCUUCGGCUGCUCGCCCGGCGCCGUGCAGACGACCGUCCGGCGGUUCAGGACCGCCAGGUCUUUCGCGUCCACGCCCCGCAAGGGCAGGCCGGAGAAGCUCUCGGAGGAGGAGAAGCAGGCCGUCGCCAGGUCCGCCGUGGCCAAGAACCCUCCCACCUAUCGGGAGCUCUCGGGGCAGCUGGAGGGCCGGGUCAGCCUCCAGACCCUGAAGCGCGUGGUCAAGAAGGCCCGCUUGGCAAAGGAAGGGGAAUGA